AUGAGCUCCAACUUCACCAAAGAGGGCAAAGAUUUAUGGACCAAAGCAACAUCAGGUGUCGUACAGCAGCUCGUACGGGAGAGAGACAAGACCUUUACGAGAACCAGCGGGACCAUCACGAAAAGAGACGACAUAGUUGACGAUCUUGUCAGAGCUUCUGCUUCAGGCGUUGGCUUCUUUUCGGAAGUUGCGCAUUACCGGCAAAAUAAGAAGGAUUCGACGGUCGCAAAGGACGACGAGACUUCCCACCCCGAAACGGAGGAGCCAAACUCUCAACGUGUGCACGACGCGAUUUGGGAGCUCGACGAUGCCGAGCAGCGUAUCACGACACAGGAUGUCGCAGAUGAGGCGGGCUUAAAGCCUUCGAAGGACUCUGGUGAUCUCGCCACGGCGUUUCUCAAGAGAAAUCAAGCCGAUCCUGACAAAGGCCAUGCCAACAGUGGAGAACUCGCCCUGCCGGUGGUGUUGCCUCAAAGGCGCCCGAAAACGCGAGUGCGAGGGUUUGUAAGAGCCUACCCACCAAUCCUAGCAGAUGCGGGAAUCGACGAGAAGACGUUUCUUGAUUUUAUCGACACUUUCAACAAGUCUCUGGUGCCAAAUCCGUAUCUCUAUGCCAUCAAUCUGGCCGGCUUGGCAGACCUGAUCUCACCCGACCCUGCUUUGACAGCCUUCGGGAUCGUUCUCGGCGUGGCAGUCGAAGGCAUCAUGGAAGCCCAAAGCCGCUUCAAAUCGAAUACCUUCCUGGACCGCGUCAAUGAAGACUUCUUUGCUCCCCAUGGGCUUGUCUGCUUUGUCGCGACAUGGAAACCGGACACCAGCGAAAGCGAGGUUGCGGUCGGUUUCGAUGGCAAGACAUCUACUUCAGGUUCUGAAUCGGAGCUGCCUCGGGAUAAGACAGAGACACCGGAUGAGAAAAGACCAGAAAAGGACCAGUUCAAGAAUAUCCAACAGAAGUUCGCACGAAGAAUGAAGGCACAUAACGGGGCAUUUGGGUGGUCACAGCCAGCACCGCUUGUCUUUCCAGCGUCGUUGGAGAAGUUAAAGAAUAGUCAGGGUAAAGUGGACGAAAAGAAGAAGAAUGCUCUGGAUCGAGCCGAGAUAUGGCUCGAUGGAUAUUUGGACAAGCGAUCUCAGGUUGACUGGAUCGAUGGAAACCCCGAUCAUUUGAUCGCCAGCUCAAUACCCAGGCCGGGCUUCAAGUCGCGAUAUGCCGACCCAUCACAUCCGGCUGCAAGCGGUGACAUCGUAGCCUUGGUGACUGGCGGCACCUGGCAGUAUAAGCGGAAAGAAAUGACCUCGAAGAAGGAUGAAGGGGGUAAACACCCGGCCCAGCUUCAUGUUGAAGAAACAAGCAAGUCAGAUGACGCAAAUGGAGUGAAGAGGAAGGCCGACGAUGACAGUGAGAACGCACGAGAUACUCGAAAUGGCGAUGAGGGUACAGCUCCAGGAUUGGAAGAAGGAACACAAACAGGGCAGCAAGAGGAGAGUUUCGGCAAAGUAACCACUGAUGAUGACGAGCAAAACCCCUUCGGCCCACUUACUAAAGCGGAGGCAAAGGCCCAGCUCAAAGAGAAGAUGAAGGAAGAGAGGAGGGCAGAGGAAAUCCAGAGAAAGCUGAAGGAGAAGGAGGCUAAAGAGCUAAAGAAGCAGCAGAAAAGAACCAAAGAGGAAGAGAAAAAGAAGCUUAAGGAAGAGAAGAAAACUAUCAAAGAUCAGAGACAGGGAGGAAUUACAGAAGGGAAGAACCCCCGCGAUAUCAUAAGGAGUCUAUUCCAAAAUGACGUACUAUACCUCAUUAUCAUGAGCUUGCCCCAGAACAAGGACGUGAUCGACGUCCCCAACACGACAGGAUAG